AUGUCCGUUGAUCAGAACAAUGCCGAUUCAUGGGUGCUUAUCGGAAAUCUGCACAUGUCUAAACAUGAAUGGGGACCUGGUCAAAAGAAAUUUGAACAAGUGUUGAAUAAGAUGGAUAAGGAAGAUGCUUACUCAUGGGUCUCACUUGGCAACACCCAAGAAUGGAAGUACAUGGAUAGAGCUCUACAGAUGUUUGGUAAAGCGUUGAAAAUUGAGCCAAAAAACAUCUGGGCAGCAAAUGGAAUAGGCUGCGUAUUAGCAUCGAAAGCAAUGUGGCAAGAUGCCCGUGACAUCUUCGCUCAAGUUCGUGAAGCUACCUCGGAAUUCGAAGAUGUUUGGAUGAAUAUAGCUCAUGUAUAUAUCGAACUUGGACAAUAUGUCCCUGCUUUGCAAAUGAUGAAUUUGAAACACAUAACGGCGAAAAAAUCUGCGGAUUUUAUAAAAGACGAGGCAGAGUUGGGAGGAGGGCGAAAUUGUGUGCGAGGAGUCGGAGGAACUGGAGGAGGAACAUCUUUCGUACGCGGAACCGAAAGAGAAGGAGAUUAUAGGAUUGAUGAAGAAGAAGAAGCAAGAGGAGAUGGUGGUGGAGGUCGAGGUCGAUGA